GAAACCAUUUAUUUUAUACCUGAUAUCCCAGGUUGUAGGGGAAGAAGCAGGAAGGUUGAAGUUGAAACAAUAGAUGAACAGUAGUAGACACAGUCUAUUGCUUAGUUGUGGGCACGCGCCAUCCCCACCGGUGAAACGAUGCCGUUUAGAUUGCCGUGUCAAAGCACAGCUGACGGAGGGAAUGGAAAUUCGGGUGUGCACCAACCGCAGCUGCCGCAGACAGGGCUCAUUUCAAACCCUAGAAACCCUCUAUGGGGUCGCUCCUCCAAACGUAACGGUAAAGUCGUGCGGGUGCUUGGGGCGGUGCGGUGGGGGCCCCAACCUGGUGGUCCUGCCUGAUGGCCUCAUCUUUGGCCAUUGUGGGACGACUGCUCGGGCGGCGGAGCUCGUAGUAACUCUGUUUGCGGAAGCCGGCCAUGACCCCAAGACUUGUUUGGACGCGCUUGCUCUGAGGAAGAGAGCGGACAUUGAGUUUGCCAACCGAAAUUUCACUGAGGCUGAGCUUCUGCUCUCACAGGCUAUAGAUUUAAAACCAUUUGGUGGCAUGCAUAUCAUAUAUAAAUGCAGGUCAUUUGUAAGGCUGGAAUUGGGCAACUACUCUGGUGCCCUCGAAGAUGCUGAAGAGGCUUUGGCAUUAGCUCCCCGUUAUUCUGAGGCUUGUAUCUGCCAAGGUGACGCCUUCUUGGCAUUGAACAAAUUUGAUUUGGCAAAGCAGUCAUAUUUAACAUCUUUAGAUAUUGAACCUUCGAUUCGCCAUUCUAAAUCAUUCAAGGCUCGGGUAACAGAACUUCAGGAAAAACUAGCUGCUGGCAACAAACACAGUGUGAGAUCUGGCGUGUAACUAAAAUUCCAGUUAAUUCAAUUACAGUGAUGUCAGAAGGAAUAAAUUUUAACCUACUGUUUCCGGGCAUUCAAAUGCCAUUUGCGUUGUAUUUUUAAUUUUCAGUCUCAAUUGUGAUAUUUAUGAUUGUUAUAAUAUCUUGUAGCAUUUUAGAAUA